UUCUCUUGUGUUGGGAGCACAGAGAGCCAUUCCAUCAUGAGCUUCACUGGGAAGUACGAACUCCAGUCCCAGGAAAAUUUUGAGCCUUUUAUGAAAGCCCUUGGGCUUCCUGAUGACCAGAUCCAGAAGGGCAAGGACAUCAAGAGCAUCUCAGAAAUCGUGCAGGAUGGGAACAAGUUCAAAGUUACUGUGACCACUGGCUCAAAAGUGCUGCACAACGAGUUCACCAUUGGGGAGGAGUGCGAGAUAGAGAUGCUGACGGGAGAGAAAGUCAAGGCUGUUGUUCAUCUGGAGGGUAACAACAAACUGGUCGCAAACCUGAAAGGGUUGAAAUCCGUCACCGAACUCAAUGGAGACACCAUCACCAAUACACUGACCAUGGGAGACCUCACCUACAAGAGAAUCAGCAAGAGAAUCUAGACACCCUGUACAAGCCAAUCAUUUUACUGUGUAAAAUGUGUCCAUUAAAGUAAAAUUUGUAUUAAAGGCCUCUUCAUAAUUAUCAUCAACCUCUUCACUCUGGCU